GGUGCGAUCGUCUCGUUUGCAGGAGCUUGCUAAAUCGAAGGGCCGUCAUCUAGCAGUAGACGGAGAUGAAACAAACGCCAGGAUCACGCAACUACAGACAGCAGCAAGCAUCGCCAUCCGCCUAUCCCCCACCACCAGCACCUCGUGCGCUUCUGUUUGGGUCUCCCCGCACGUGUUGGCCCUCCCCCCAACCCGCACGUGUUGCUCCCACCACGUGACUUCCGCGUCACGUGCUGCGGACUGCGUGACCCCCGGGCAACCGUGCAGCAGGAGUUGCGAUGCCGCCCGGCUGCCGCUUCUUUCGUCCUCGCGGGCUCCUCUCCUCCUCGUCUCUCUCCUCCUUCGCCACCUCCAGGCGCUUCGCCCCCUUCACCUCUUUCUCCUCGUCCACGCCCGGUCGCUCGCUCAUGGCUGCAGCCGCAGCGAGGAGGCGCCCGGGCCUGGAUGUCUUCCGCGGGCCCCCCGCCCUCGCCUGGAUUCCCAGCCGGGGACCCCGCGGUGGCGGCGGCAGCGGUGAUGUCGCCGCCCCGUCCCGUGGAUUUCGCACGGCCGAGCUGAGGUUAAACUACGACCUGAGGCAGGUGGACCUGACCUCGACGGAGAGCCGCAAGUUCCACUUUGACACGCACGCCAUGGUGCUUCUCUUGGAGAGCAAUGGGUUCGCCACGGGGCAGGCGGAGGUGUUGGUCGCUGCCCUCGUUAAGAUCCUCAACGCCAACAUGGAGGCCGUGUACCGUGAAAUGGUCACCAAAUCCCAGCAGGAGAUCAUGCUACAGCAGGUGAUGGCGCAUCUGGCCGCUGUCAAGAAGGACAUGAUCAUUCUAGAGAAGAGUGAAUUCUCGGCGCUGCGAAACGACAACGAGAAGAUGAAAAUAGAGCUGAUUCAUCUGAAGAAACAUUUUGAGGAUGAAUUCCUCAAAGUGAAAUCGGAUGCCAAGCUCGACAUGAACCUGGAGAAAAGCCGCGUGAAGGAAAUGUUUUCUGAGCAGGAAAAGAAACUCCUGGAGAUGAGGACGGAAAUUGUGGAACUGCAUGCGGAGGAGGACCGAGCGCUCACCAAGACCAACAACCGCAUCGACACGGAGAUCGCCGGCCUCAAGACCAUACUGGAGUCCAACAAGCUGGACACCAUCAAGUACCUCGCAGCAUCUGUGUUUACGUGUCUGACCAUCGCCCUCGGAUUCUACCGACUCUGGUCUUGAUUCGCCCGAGCUGCUCGGGGCGAGGAGAAUUCCCUGGGGGCGGGUGAGCGAGUGAGUUUUUGACUCUGGAAGAAACGGGUUUUGGAACCUUGGAAGAAUUGCAGCUCCUUGGACGUGCGUGACCCGAGCAGAUUUCCAGUUUGCAGUGCAUGUGCCGUUUGCUUGAUAUCCGUCGCUUUAGCACACCGCUUAGAGCAGCAGGUGGAAUAUCGUUGCCAAGUUGUUGUUUUCGGAGUCCGUAGAAACAGUUCUCAAGCACGGUAACGUGUGCUCAGACUGGACCUGGAGUUGUGUAAGAGAAGACUGCCUUCUCUCGGUACAUUUCCGUGGGUGUCUGUUCAUGUAUAGCCCCUUUUGUCAAGACACUGUUGGAUGAUAAUCUCCCCACGCCAUGCCGGUUGUGGGGGUUAUUUUACUAUGCUUCACCACGCUGGUCAGUGCAGGUUGGUGAAAAUAAGUCCUCAUUAAUUUCAACAUAUUUUGAUGGAGAGACGAGAGGAGUGUGAGAGUGUGUGUAGCCUCAAAUCAACUGUAAAUCACGGCAUUAGAAACUUGGGCUGCCACGUUGUCUAAUCCAGACCUGUGCUUCAGCUGCCACGGUUAAUUAAUUUUAUUUUAACGCAUUGAGUACCAGUCGCAUAUUGACUCGGGGACCAUUUUAAAGGAUACUAGCCAGGAUUUCUCGACAUUUUUUGCAUUAGCUAUACCAAGACAGCGACCUGCCAUUGUUUAAAGGCCCUAUACUGGCAUGUGAAUUGCACCCAUUGUUUCUGCAGUUUAAAUUUAUUCUGAUCAUUUGUCAUUGGGGAGGGUAAGGAGGGAUGAGGAGGUGUGGUGAGAUGAGGUGGUGCGCGGAUGUUGGUGCCGUCUUGCCGUUGUGGUGAUGGUCGCCGUGAUGUGGCGAUGCUACGAUAUCGUAAUGAUAUAUGGUCCACAAUUAUCGCAAUGUAAUUUUUGCUAAAUGUCAUGAAAUCGUGAUUAUUGUUGCUUAUAUUUCAAAAAUAUUUUUUUUCCUGACAAAAUAUGAAAUAACAAUUCCAAGUUCACAAUAAUUCUAGAUAUAUAGCUAUUAUCCAUUAAAUUAGUGGUUUGUUAAAUGUUUUCCAGUUACAUGGAAGUCAUCAUUUUCAGACGGCAUGUGCGUUAUAGAUUUAAAAGUUGCAAUAAUUAAAAGACUUAUGGCAGGCUCAUGUUAAGUGGAACUGCAGUAAAACUUUUAAGUGCUCCAUAUAUUAUUAAUCAACAUUCAUCAAAGCAUUAAAGAUUGAAUAAAAAUGCAAAAUACAC